CGGGAGCGGCGCGGUGGCUGCUGGAUGGAAUGCCGCGGUGGUUGCCGGGAUCACGGUGAUGUGGCCCCCCCCGCCUUCCCCCUCCCCGGCUCGGGAUGGCGGACGAGACCCGGCAGAGCAAAUUGGCCGCGGCCAAAAAGAAGUUGAAGGAGUAUCAACAGAAGACCAGUCCCAGUGCCCCAGCAGGAGCCAAGAAGAAAAGGAAAACAAAAGAUGGCAGUAACCCCGAGACUCCUCCAUCAGGUGGCCGACACUCUCCUGAGGAUAUUCAGGACAUUCUGAAGGUGCUGGUGUCCGACCUUAACCGUUCCAAUGGGGUAGCGCUACCCCCAUUGGACAAGCGGAAGGCAUCCAGAGACAGUGCUGCUCCUGCCCUGCUGCCUGCAGAUGUCACCGUGCCCUUUGGCAGUGCCCAUUCCCCCCGUACCAGUCCCCCCUGCCCCACUAGCAUGGCCUCGCCUCAGAAUUGUGAUAUUGAAAACGGUCCAAGUUCUAUGGAUGAAAGCAAAUCUCUGUCUUCUACUGAAACUCUACGGCAGAUCUCAGAACAACUCAAUGGUCUCGUUUCCCAGUCCACAUCCUAUAUCAAUGGGGAGGGCCCAGUGUCUUCUACCAGCAUGAAGGACCUGGAGAGUCGGUAUCAAGAGCUAGCAGUAGCCCUGGAUUCCAGCAAUCUAACAAACAAACAGCUCGGUAGCAAGAUAGAGGAAUUGAAACAGCAGAACCAGGAGGCCCUGGAUCAAUUGGAGAAGGAGAAGAAAGAAUUUGAGCAGAAAUUUGCCAAGGAACAGGGAGCCCUAAGGGAACAGCUACAGGUUCAUAUCCAGACCAUUGGGAUUCUUGUGUCAGAGAAGACAGAUCUACAAACAGCUCUAGCCCACACACAGCAGGCUGCUCGCCAGAAAUCAGGGGAGUCAGAAGAGUUGGCCAGUCGCCUGCAGUCCUCUCGGCAACGUGUUGGGGAGUUGGAGCGGACACUUUCUUCAGUGUCCACACAACAGAAGCAAACUGAUAGGUAUAACAAGGAGUUAACUAAAGAACGGGAUGCUCUCAAACUGGAAUUAUAUAAGCACAGCAAGAGCAGUGAGGAGCUGAAGCAGCAAUACUCAGAGCUAGAAGAGAAGCUCCGGGUGCUGGUGGCAGAGAAGGCAGCUACACAGAUGGAGGUGGAGGAGCUGCAUAAGAAAUUGGAGAUGACAGAGCUGAUGUUGCAACAGUUCUCCAGUCAGUCGGGUGCUCCUGAUAGUAACCAACAGCUGCAACAGGCCCUAGAGGAGCGAAUGCAACUGGAGACCCAUGUGGGCCAGCUGUUGGAAUCAUUGCAGCAGCUCCAGGCAGAGAGGGACCAGUAUGCAGAGAAGCUAAAGGAGGAGGGCACCAUCUGGCAACAGCGGGUACAGCAACUUUCAGAACAGGUGCGGAUUCUGGGGGAAGAGAAGGAAUACAGUGUGAACCAGGUGCACGAGCUAGAGACCAGUUUGGCUGAACUGAAGAGCCAGUCUGCAGUACCCCCAGCUCCAGAGCCCCCAAGUGGACCCUCGGAGGCAGAGCUAAGAUUGCAAGAAGAGGCAGAGCAACUCCGGAAGGAGGUUGAGGGCCUAGCAGGGCAGCUCCGGGCCCAGGUACAGGACAAUGAGGGCCUCAGCCGUUUAAACCGAGAGCAGGAAGAGAGGUUGCUGGAACUGGAACGUGCAGCUGAGCGCUGGGGGGAGCAAGCAGCCGAGCGGGAACAAAUCCUGGAAAGCAUGCAGAGUGACCGCACUACCAUCAGUCGGGCCCUCACCCAGAAUCGGGAACUGAAGGAGCAGCUGGCAGAGCUACAGAACGGCUUUGUCAAACUAACCAAUGAGAAUAUGGAGGUAACAAGUGCUCUGCAGUCAGAGCAACACGUCAAGAAGGAACUUGCCAAGAAGCUGGGGCAGCUACAGGAAAAGCUGGGGGAGCUUAAGGAGACGAUGGAGUUGAAGAACCAGGAAGCCCAGGGACUCCAGGAGCAGCGGGAUCAGUACCUGGGCCACCUGCAGCAAUAUGUGGCAGCCUACCAGCAAUUGGCUGCUGAGAAGGAUGAACUCCACAAGCAGUUCCUUCUGCAGACCCAGCUUAUGGAUCGGCUGCAGCAUGAGGAAGUGCAAGGAAAGGUAGCGGCUGACUUGGCCCGCCAGGAACUGCUACAAACACAGGAGCGCCUGGAGGCUGCUAAUCAGGAAAACCAGCAGUUGCAGGCCCAGCUCCACUUUACGCCAGGACCCAGGGAAGGAGAUGAAUUAGUUGUUGAAGAAGAAAUGGAGGAUGCUCCUCGACCAGCAUUAAGCAUUCCUGAGGACUUUGAAAGUCGGGAGGCCAUGGUAGCAUUCUUGAACUCAGCUUUAUCAAGUAUGGAAGAAGAGAGGAAUCGGCUGUGGCAGCAACUGAAGGAACAGCGACUACGAUGCCGGCAUCUGGCACAGGAGAUGGCCCAGCCCCAGCCACAGCCUAGCCCUUCCUCACUGAGUGGGGACAAUGUGCCCAGGGAAGUGCACCAGGCACUGCAGGCUGCUAUGGAGAAGUUGCAGGCCCGAUUCACAGAACUGAUGCAGGAGAAAGUGGAUCUUCAGGAACGAGUGGAGGAACUGGAGCAUCGGUGCAUCCAGCUCUCUGGAGAAACAGACACUAUUGGUGAAUACAUUGCACUAUACCAGAGCCAGAGAGCUGUGCUAAAGGAGAGACAUCGGGAGAAAGAGGAAUAUAUCAGCCGACUGGCCCAGGACAAAGAAGAGAUGAAGAUGAAGCUUCUAGAACUGCAGGAGUUGGUGUUACGGCUGGUGGGUGAGCGAAAUGAGUGGUUCAACAAGUUCCUAGCUGUCACCCAGGCACCUUCAGGGCCUGCUGGGGAGAGCAGCCCCAACCCUAUCCCUGAAAGCCACCUGGAUCUCAGUCUUCCUGACAAAGAGGGCCUUCGGGAAGUAAGCCUAGCAGAUGAGACAGAGCUUGUGUCUGCUGUGAGUGAGCCCCCCUUGAGCCAACCUCGCCCAGAUGAUCCCACAGCCCAACAGAUCAUGCAGUUGUUGCGGGAGAUCCAGAACCCCAGGGAUCGAGCAGGGGGCUUGGGAGAAAACCCUUGUAUCCCUUUCUUCUACCGAGCUGAUGAGAAUGAUGAGGUCAAGAUCAUGGUGAUCUAACAGUGGGGUGGUAGGAGGAAAUGGACUGGACCCUAACCCAAGGGCAGCAGAACCUUUUGUCCCCCUCAUCUCCAACUCUAGAAUAGCUAGGUGGAUUCAAGGGAAUGAUGGUCCCCUUCUCCAUCCCUGGCAUCUAGAGUGGGGAAGGUGCACAGGUUAGCGUGAGGCCCCUUGAUGCCCACCCCACAGGGCUGUUUAUCCUAACCUAGGCCUGAGUCUUAUUUCGUUCCAGCCAAAACAGAGAGCAAGUGGCUGAAUAAAGGCAGUUUGUUUGGAAGGCCUGGGGCUUGGCUUACCUCUCUGGGGGACAGGGAGUGGCUGGGAGUACUUGGUGGGUGUGGGGCAAAAAAGUACAAACUUAUCCAAGUUGGCAUCUCAUCUUGGAUCUAGGAGUGGCAAUAGACAGCACUUUUGAUGGGCAUCAGGGUGAGCAAGGCUUGCAGUGGGUAAUGGGAUGGGACAGCAAAGCGGGCAGAGACUCCAUUGAGCAAGGGAGCAAGCUUUAUGGCCCUUGAGUGUACAUACUGUAUCUGUGUAACAUUUUGUAUAUUCUGGGGGGGUGGGCCAACAGAGGGCAGACACCCCUGAGCAGGCUACCACCCUGUAUGAUAGAGUUGAAGCAGGACAGGUUUACUAUGGAGCAAUGUUCUAAUAAUUAUUUGGGGGAAUAGGGAAACUAUUUAUUGGUGGCACAAUACAGGGAAAGGAAGAGGUGACGGGGUUCUAGUUCCUGGGUGAUUCGACUCCUGUUUCUUUUGCUUUUCUCUUUCGGAAUAAAUGAAUUCAGCCAAUGA